UAUGCAUUAGUGUACUGUCACUUGGUUCAAGGCAGGUUUGGAGCCACUUCUGUAUACUCGAGAUAUUCAUCUGAUCCUUUUCAUUAACGGGGCAACAUUGGGCUUAGUCCACAGAAGAUGCAGCCUUUGAGUCUCUGUAUUCUGAGGCCGAAGCCGGAGCCUACAGAUUCACACUUGUCGAUUGUGUCUUCAAACGGGAAAGAAAUUGAUGCUUCCCUAGAUUUCCCGAAGAAGGAACCCCUUUAUCCCGAGGCACUGCCUGCUGUCGAUCAAACAUUCAAAACGGAACAAGUUCGCAUUCUUGACUCACUGGAGAGUCGUUACAACCCUGCAACUGGAGAACCUUUGGUAUCGGAUGUUCCUAAACAAGAACAGCCAACUCACCGUUGUGAAAGCUGUGAAAAAAUCUUUUCAAGCAGAAGCAGCCUCGGAGCUCACGUAAAGUGUGUUCAUUUGAAGCAGCGAAAUCACACAUGUGAAUCCUGUGGGAAAUCAUUUUCCCUAAAGUGUCGCCUUCGGGCACACGUAGAAGCUGUUCACUUGAAACGACGCCCCCAUACCUGCGAGCGCUGUGGCAAAUCGUUUUCCGAGAAGCGCGCUUUGCAGAAGCACAUCCGCUCUGUACAUUUGGGGCAGAGAGAACACACAUGUAAAUACUGCAAGAAAUCUUUUUCCUUAAGUUUCGACCUUCAGACACACAUGGAGGUUGUUCACUUGAAGCAGAGAGAUCACCCAUGCGAAUAUUGUGGGAAAUCAUUCUUCUUGAGAUGCUACGUUCGAAGACAUGUAGAAGCUGUUCACUUGAAGAGAAAGCCCCACAGAUGCGAGCAUUGCGAUGGAUGCUUUUCUCAGAGGAGUGUGUUAAGAAGGCACAUUGCAUCAGUGCAUUUAAAACGACGCCCCCAUACAUGCGAGCACUGUGGCAAAUCGUUUGCUGAGAAGGAUGCUUUGCAGCAGCACAUCCGCUCUGUACAUUUGAAGCAGAAAGCACACACAUGUGAAUACUGUGGGAAAUCAUUUUCCGUAAGGUUCAACCUUCGGGUACACGUAGAAGCUGUUCACUUGAAGAAGAAGCCCCACAGAUGCGAGCAUUGUGACAGAUGCUUUUCUCUGAGGAAUGUGUUAAGAAGGCACAUUGAAUCAACGCAUUUAAAGAAGAAGCCACACAGAUGCGAGCAUUGUGAUAGACGCUUUUCUCGGCUGAAUGUGUUAAGAAGGCACAUUGAAUCAGCGCAUUUAAAGGGAUCUACAGACGAAAAGAAGAGUUGUUCAUUCACAUACUCAAGCCUGGAACCCGUUGUUUAACUCUGUAUUUGUCCCACAUCACAACUUACAUUCCCCCUUUUGAUACAUAUGUAGAUUUUUGGCCGUAUUUUGUGAUAAACCCUUUUGCGAUAAAAUGGCUGAUCUUUUGUUCCGUGGAAGGUUUCAACUACUACCGUAUGGUUUUAGUUGUGAAAACUGAAUCUAUUUGCAACUCCCACUACACACAAGCCGAUGUGUAAUUCUGACUUGAUAUACCUUACCUACGUUUUAUCCAAAUUGUCUCUGCCUGCAUGAGCACAACGCAUCAGAUGCUUUUGGUCGAUUUAGGCAGAAUGAUGGGCCAC